AUGUCGCUCAGGAUCAAUGGCUUCGAUGUUGAUGUGACCCCAGUCAUCGCCCCGGGGGCCAAAGAAGCUGGUCCUUAUGACCCCCUUAACCCUUCGGUAACAGUCUUGCCUAAAGGCCACAAGAGGACCACGGCAAACAGGGCGUUUGAAGUCGACACUAUCUUCGAGAAGGAUAUUGUUCUUCCCAUGCGCGACGGCAUCAAGCUGUACGCUGAUGUCUUUCGACCCAAGACUGACGAAAAGGUUCCAGCCGUUCUCAUCUGGAGUCCUUAUGGCAAGACUGGAAAUGGCCCUCAUGGACUUGGAAUGAUUCCUGGUCGGUUCGGUGUGGCUGAAGAUCAGGUCAGCGGUUAUGAGAAGUUCGAAGGAUUAGACCCUGCUGUCUGGCCAGCUAGGGGAUAUGCAAUCGUUAAUGUGGACUUGCGAGGCUCGUGGGACUCUGAAGGAAUUAUUCCAUGGGUCGGCAACCAAGAUGGCCAAGACGGGUAUGAUGCCAUCGAACACGUUGCCAAGCUUGAGUGGUGCACAGGUAAAGUCGCCCUGGGCGGCAACAGUUGGCUCGCCAUGGUUCAGUGGCAGAUUGCUUCUCAGCAGCCUCCUUCACUGGCCGCUAUUGCUCCGUGGGAAGCCAAUGCGGACUUUUACCGCGACACUCUUGCCCGCGGUGGCGUGCCGUAUCCCUACAGUGCGAUGUGGAAGCUCCUACAGGAUCUGAUGGUUGGUCGCAAUGCUGCUGAGGCUCCCAUCUCGAUGUUGGAGAAAUAUCCCCUGUUCAAUGACUACUGGGAGGACAAGAAUGUGAAGCUCGAGAAAAUCCAGGUCCCUACUUAUGUUUUAGCUAGCUUCUCAACGGCUCUUCAUACUACUGGCUCUAUUCGUGGUUAUCAUGAUAUCUCUUCCAAGGAUAAAUGGCUCCGCAUUCAUGCUAAACAGGAAUGGUCCGACUUGUAUCAUCCUGACAGCGUUGACGAUCUGAACAAGUUCUACGACUAUUUCGUCAAAGGCAUUCAGAACGAUUGGCCAAGCACCCAGAAAGUACGAGGAUCUCUUGUCGGGUUCAAUCUACCCAACAUCAGCAAUAUUCCCCUCGAAUCAUAUCCCAUCCCCAACACAAAGCACACAAAGCUUUACCUCGGUCCAGGCGAGAAGCUUGAAGCAGCCUCACCAAAGGAUCCAAGCACCGUGUCGUAUGAUGCAGCAUACCUUCCUAAGCACCCUCUUGAGGGCGGCGAGGAAGUACUCUUCAGGUACAAAUUUACCAAGAAGACAUGGCUCGUUGGCUACUCGUGGCUCAACGUCAGCAUCUCCAACGACAGCGAUGAUGAGAUUGAUGUUUUCGCUCAACUGGGCAAACAGGAUGCUUCAGGAACUCAGUUAGUCAACAUGAACGUUCCUUUAAAGGACCUUAUUCCUCCUGUCGACAGGCAUACAGAAGCUGCAGACACAUGCUUCCUGAAAUACCUGGGUCCUACAGGUUCCCUACGAGGUAGUCAUGCUGUCACAAAGGUGACACCUAAGCCUGGGAGAUUCACUGGUGACUGGCCUGAGUACACCAACACGAGUCGAAAGGCUAUUCCUGCCGGCACUGUUGCCAAGCUCGAGGUUCCCAUCUGGCCGACUGGUAUCAUCUUUGAGGAGGGAGAGUACUUGACAUUGAAGGUUUCUGGUCACUAUAUGAGCUUCAUGGAGUUUGACUUCUUGUACGGAGCUGCUCAUGCGAACAAGGGUCGUCAUACCAUUCAUAUUGGGGCCGACUCUGACAGUCAUCUAGUGGUUCCUCUGCUGGACCCUCUGGCUUAG